UCCGAAGUAGACUGUUUAUAUUUCCACUCCUUCGAUCGCUUUAUCUUCGGCGCUGUCUGAACAGAAACAACCCUUCUCGCUCGUCGUCUUAGAGAGAGAAAGCAGAGAGCUAUAUAUGUACUUGUUGUAAGAGAAAGCCACAUAUAUAUAUGUAUAUAUAGAGAGAGAAAGCAGAGCCAUUUUGGUGCUGUAACAGCUGAGACCUUUACAGUACUUUGAUCGCCAUUAAUGCAAGACCUUCAGAAUUCUGAAAGAGGACAUGGAGGCAAAUACUUCCAGAGGGCAUGAAAUGGCAGGAAUUUUCAAAUGGAACAAAAUUCAGGAGAGUUCAUGGGAGAAAAUGUUUUUUUGAUUUGCAUUGAAAAUUUCGUGGAGAUUGAGAACUGUCAGAACUCCCGUUGAUUUUAUCAUUAUUGGUUGGGAGCAGUAGCUUUUUAGGAUAUAACAACCUGGUGUUUCACAACAUCAGCCAAGGCAGCAGUCUGGGUUUAAUGAUCAAUGAUGUUGCAGAGGCAGAUUAUGUUCAAGCAGCUGCAAGAACUGCAGAGGCAGCAGCAACUUCAGGAGUUGGGUGAUGCCAGGCAACAGAAUUUUACAAUUGAGCCAUCUACAGCUAAUAAGCAGACUUCUGGGGGUCAGUUUCCACCCUUAAUUAAUGGAACGCCUGUUCAUGGUGCAUCACAGGUAUUUAAGGCUGGUAACAUGAACUUAGUGCAGCGUGGCUCAUCAUCAGUUCAAGGAUUUCCAAAUGGUUUGGUUUUUUCACAAGCUCAAAGUCAGAACCUGCAUUCGAUGGGCCUGGUUCCUCAGCAGCUUGAUGUAUCUUUAUAUGGAAAUCCCAUUGCUAGCGCAGGAAAUGAUUUCAAUCAAUGCUCUCCUCUCCAAGAGACAUCUUAUGAAUAUGCAAAUAUGUUCACCAAGGGCAACAGUAACCAAUUGGAGAAACCUAUAAUGCAGUCAUCGUCCACAAUGGACUCAUUUGUGGAUAAUCAGUGCAAUAAUUCUUCCGUCCAGCUAUUUCAGGAGAAAAACUCAUUUUUGCAAGUCCCCAUUCAAGGUUUAAGUAGUGGAGUUAUGCCGGGAAACUUGCAGCAUAUGAAUUCAGUGCAAAGCAAUGCAUCAAUGCAGGAAUAUGGCAGAAGGCAAGAACAAGCUGUUUGGCCUGGAUUAUUUCCAGGGAAAACAACAAAUGUUGGCCCUUCUGCAGGUUUGGCUUCUCUUGAUCCAUUGGAACAGAAGAUCUUGUUCAAUACUGAUGACAACAGCUGGGAAGCUUCUUUUGGCAAACGCACUGACACAAGCACAAGAGAUUUUGAGAAUACAUUGGAAACUGCAGAUUAUAUGAGUGCUUUUCCCUCAAUUCAAAGUGGAAGCUGGAGUGCUCUUAUGCAGUCUGCUGUUGCAGAAGCUUCUAGUAGUGAUACCGGGCUACAAGAAGAGUGGAGUGGCUUGAGUUUUCAGAACCCAGAACUGUCAACUGAUAAUCAGGCCCGGAAUUUUAUGGACAGUGGGAAACAACAAAACAAUUGGGUUGAUAACAGCUUUCAGAGUGCCUCCUCUCUAAGUUCAAAACCUGAGGUUCUGUUUAACAAUUCCAAUAUCAGCUCGAGCUCCCAUGGUUUUCAGCAAUCAGGUAUCCAAUAUUCAGUCAAACCAAGAGAGGAAGUGCCCUCAGGUUCCUCUCAUGAAUCUAGUCAGCAAUCUCCUAAAAGUACUAGCAAGUGGUUAGAUCGUAACCCUCAACAGAAGCAAGCAGUUGAGGGAAGUCAAUCAGUUCACACACUUCCACCGUUACCAAAUGCUUGGCCUGGUCAAAGUUACGAGCAUUUAGAAAGUGAUCCACAUGAAAUGACCACAUCUUCAUGUGCAAAUGGCAGCCAGCCAUUCACUAACCCAACAGGCAGGAACGUAGAGUCGCUGUCACCCAGUGGAACCGGUGUAUUAAAUUUUUGUAAUAGUACUGCGAACAAAUAUUGUGCAGGUGAUAUCAAUGGAGCCCCGAACAAGGAUUUUAGUAAUACGUGGAAGACUGGUGGUAAUCGUGUGGCAGGUUCUUUCUCUGAUUCAGUCAGUAGAUUGGAGCCGUUGAAAUAUGGAGAUAUUAACACAGUGGUAGACACAGAACAUUCCCAGUUGAAUAACUUCACUUCUGUAAGAAAAUCAAGCAUGACUAAGUUUGACCAAAGAGUUGACCACGAAAGCAGACUAUCUGGAGAAAAUUGCUUCCAAAGAGAGAACUCCAAUGACAGCUAUCACUCUCAUACUUCACAGCAUACCAUCACAGGACACGAAGGGAGAGAGAAUAUAUGGCUACAUGGAAGUGAUUCUAGACCAGUGUCACAGGCUAACCAAAAGCCAUUGGGUCAGGUUCUAAGCCAACAAGUUCCUCAAGGAUUGAGUGGUUAUGAGCAAGGAUAUGUUGGGCAGUUUGAGUUUGUCGGUAAUGUCUCUAGCGGAAUGGAAUUCGGAAAGGGGCACUUGCCAGGUCAAAUAAAUACAAGAGCACCACAGGAGUUACCACGUACAAGUAAUAUGGGAGCUGUCUCUGCUUUCUUUGAUAGAUCAGCUGGCUUUCAUGGCUCAAAUGCAAAUGUUCUGAAAAGUCAAAAUAUGCUCGAGCUUCUUAACAAGGUUGACAGGUCCAGGGAACAUGGAACUGGAGCACCCUUUGACUCAACUUCAUUAUCUCCUGAUGCAUGUGCUCCUCAACCAUGCAAUGUAUCUUCUGGUUCACCAUGCUUCAGCUUAGGGUUGGGCCCUCCAUCUCAAAAGCUGCCCAAGUUAGACCGUUUUGAUGCUUCUCAAAGCUCUCCACAAACGUACAUGCAGGGAAACUCCAGUGCAACAUAUCCUUUGUGUCCUCCGUAUGUUAGAAGUCGGCUUCAAAAUCAAGACUGCCAAUCUCCACAAUCAACACUGCCUGGUACAGCAAGCAGAUACCUGGAUUUGAAUGAUGCGGCCUCUCGGAAUACCUCCCAUCUGAUUCACACUUACCCUUAUGAUCAGCAAUUUCCAAUUGUGGAGGCCAUGCCAGUCACUCAGCCAUCGGUAACCUCCGAAUCACAUGUUAGGUUUUCAAUGAGGCCACCCAAUGUAUGGACAAAUACUCCCACUCAACAGCAUCUAUCUGGCACAGAACCUCGCAGUUUGCUUCAUUCCCCAGAUUCAGCUAAUAGCGGCAUGGAAACUGCUUCAGGUGCUCCACGGGAGCUACAUGAUCAAAAUUCAUUUAAAGGAGGAAACAAUUCACUGCAAAUUUAUGCACGGUCUAGGGAUUCACCAGGUUCUGACUAUGGGAAAGAACAAUCAGGGAAAGAAAGGUCCCACCAGCUAAUUUCAUCAGAGGCACUUGAUCCAGUUUCACAGACAGGCAGAUUAAUGAUUGGGCAAGAAUCUGCUGCAUCUGGUUCAUUAAUGACGGCUUUCCAUCCACAGGGCUUAGCUAGGGCACGACAUAGUGAUAACCAAGCACCAGCUAUUUCUGCAAAAGAUCUUGAAGCUUUUGGAAAUUUUUUGGGACCUUCAAAUGUUCACCAUCAAAACUACUCCCUUCUGCACCAACAGCUCUCUAUGAAGAAUGUGGAUACUGAUCCAAGCAAGAGGGUUUUAGUCAGAGACCUGGUUAACAGUGAGCUCAAUGUGGUGUCACAGCUCAAUCAAUUUCCAACUGGGAAUAAUAGAAUGCUGAGCUUUUCAUCAGAGGCGAGAGGAGAUCAAUCAGUCCAAGUGCCAACUCAAACCCUUCACCGAGAUACUCCUCAGGAGAUGGUAAAAUUUGGUCAAAAUGAUUCUCAGAGUCCUAUUAAUAGUAAUAUGUCAUCUACUGGAAUAGAACAUUCCAAUAUGGCACCCUCUUGGUUCAAGCAGUAUGGAACCUUGAAAAAUGGGCAGGUUUUGCCAAUGUAUGAUGCAAUGUCUGCAAGGAAUGCUGCACAGCAAUUCUAUCUUGGCAAGCCUCUUCAAGAUUUGCAGAUGAAAAGUUCUAUGGUGCAAGUAAAUUCAGCUUGUGCUAAUCGUAUUAGCAGUGUCUGGCCAGCUACAGCUACCACCUCGGUAGCAGCUGAACACUUAUCACCCAAUUACGAGUUGCCUUCAGACGUCACUAGUAAUACUCUGGCUAUUUUGAGACCAAAGAAGCGUAAAAUUGCUGUAUAUGAGCUUCUACCCUGGCAUAAAGAAGUGACUCAAGGUUCUCAGAGGCCACUAAGUAUCAGCAUGGCAGAACUCGAAUGGGCACAAGCUGCAAAUCGGCUUGUUGAAAAGGUAGAAGAUGAAGCUGAAAUAAUUGAACACAUCGAGUCAAUGCUUCGACCAAAGAAAAGGCUUAUUAUGACAACACAGCUUAUGCAGCAGCUGUUUCGUCCUGCCCCAGCUGUCAUUCUCUCUGCAGAUGCCACUUCAAACUAUGGUAACAUGGCGUACUAUGCUGCUAGAUUAGGGUUAGGGGAUGCAUGCACGUUGACUAGUGAUUCUCAGAAGGCUUCUGACACCUAUGACAUGUCAUCUGAAAAGGCUAAAACUUCUGAGGGUACUCGGGAACAGAAUUUCUCCAAAACUGUAGAAGACUUCAUCAGUCGAGCGAAGUGGCUGGAAGAUGACUUAUCAAGAUUGGACAAGAGAGCAUCAAUUCUUGACAUAAGGGUGGAAUCCCAAGAAUUGGAGAAGGUUUCUGUCAUAAACCGUUUUGUUAAGUUCCACAGCCGACCAGGACCAGCUGGUGCAGCUGAGACACCGUCAUCCUCUGGUGCAACUUCAACUGCACUGAAAAUAUUCCCUCAAAGAUAUGUCACAGCACUUCCAAUGCCUAGGACAUUACCAGAGGAGACACAUUGUUUUCCACUGUGAUCAUGAAUUUAUCCUUAUUCUGCAUUCCAUAUCCUCAUUCCUGUACCUUGUCAAUGAUCUUGUUUUUAUGGGGUUAUAUGCUGGCACGGGUAUGCCUACAAAAGUGGGACUGAAGAUGGAACAAAGGACAUGCCAACCACAAGAUCUUUUGAAUCAAAGCCAACAGAAAUCAUUUUAGAGGAAGUAUAUAUUGUUUUUUGAAUAUGUACAUAAACUAAGGAUUAUAUGGAAGUAACCCUAUCAUCUUUUCCAGUAUCUAGUGUUGUUAGAGUAUGGAUAUGCCCUCACUAAGGAUUAUAUGGAAGUAACCCUAUCAUCUUUUCCAGUAUCUAGUGUUGUUAGAGUAUGGAUAUGCCCUC